UCCUGUAAAGAUUCCGGUCCCGUUCUUGCGUCGACCAGGACUCCAUGUUGUUCCGACAGCCACGGAGCGAACAAGUGCCCUGGCCGAAAACUCUCACGUUGCAACUCUGUGUGUGCGAAAAGUAAAGUGUGUGUGUGUGUGUGUGAGUGUGUUGACCCCUCCGAAAGAAGAUGGCAGACUACCGGGACGACACCGGAGCUCGAGCCCUGCUUGCUUUACAGUCGGCACCAUGCAGUCCCGUGCGCGUCGCGGUGACCUCGCACGCCUAUCACCAGCCCUCGCUCGCCCUCUUGGGUCCUCCGAUGAUGGAAGCCCGCACCGACGCCGGGAUUCUUCCCGUCCGACUCGCUUGUCCUCCUUCGCAGGCCUUGGCCAGACUCGAGGGCCGGGACUUUGAGUUUGUCAUGCGGCAGAGGACGGUCACCAUAGGCCGGAACUCCUCUCACGGCUCCGUGGACAUCAACAUGGGUCACUCGAGCUUCAUUUCACGGCGACACCUGCAGCUCACCUACGACGAGGCGAGCGGUUUCUCCCUCCGGUGCUUGGGCAAGAAUGGCGUGUUCGUUGACGGUGUGUUCCAGCGGAGAGGGGCGCCGCCGCUGCCGCUGCCCAGAGAGUGUGUGUUUCGUUUUCCCAGUACAGUCAUCAAGAUCCAGUUUAUGUCACUCCUGGAGCCUGAGGAGCACAGAGAGAGGGAGCAGCCCUCUCUUCCCCCUCGCCCGCUUCUGCCCAACAUUUCCCCCCUCAAAAUCAGCAUUCCCACAAUGCAGCAGCAUGAAGAGCACAUCAGGGCGUUUGGCUCUCCGCUGCCCUCGCCCACAGGCACCAUCAGUGUUCCUAACUCCUGUCCGGCUAGUCCUCGAGGGGCAGGGUCAUCAGGGUAUCGCUAUGGACGCAACGUGACCUCUGACCUCCAGCUAGCAGCUGAAUACGCCGCCAAGGCCGUUUCUGAGAGACGAAGCAUUGCUGAGCAGAGAGGUGGGGGGAGUGAGCAGCGGGGGGAGUCGGCUGGUGGAGACAGUCCCAAGGAUGAGUCCAAGCCACCUUAUUCCUAUGCACAGCUGAUCGUCCAGGCCAUCUCGUCUGCCCCGGACAAACAGCUGACUCUCAGUGGCAUCUACGCCCACAUCACCAAACACUACCCCUACUAUCGAACUGCAGACAAGGGCUGGCAGAACUCAAUCAGACACAACCUGUCUCUCAACCGCUACUUUCUGAAAGUGGCCCGCUCUCAGGAUGAGCCCGGGAAAGGGAGUUUCUGGCGUGUGGAUUCUGCUUCUGAGAGCAAGUUGGUGGAACAAGCCUUCAGGAAAAGGCGGCAGAGAGGGGUGGCUUGCUUUAGGACGCCUUUUGGACCUCUCUCUUCUAGGAGUGCCCCUGCAUCCCCGACCCACCAGGGACUUCUUUCUCCUCCAUCCAGUGGGCUGCAGACCCCUGAGUGUCUGAGCAGGGAGGGCUCUCCUAUUUCCCAUGACCACCAUGAACAGCUCGCUAACAAACUGGCAUCUGUACCCGAGUAUAGGUACUCUCAGAGUGCUCCAGGAUCUCCAGUUAGUGCUCAGCAUGUCAUCAUGGCUGCACCCCCUCACCCAACAGUCCUGCCCUCAGGCCCAGGAAAAGCUCUUGCUUUAGUACCAGGUGGUGGCCAAGUCCAGCCCAUCCACGUGCUCCAGAACGCCCCUCAGUCCUCUGUGACCACAGUGCGGGUGGUUACCAGCGGCCCUCUAACUUCCAACCCUCCGAAUGGAUACAGCGCCCCCUCUGUUGGAGGACCAGAGGGCAACAGUGAGAUCAGAGAAGCCCAAAUGAACAGAGAGCGAGUGAUCCAGACUGUGGACAGUGCGGUGCAGGGCGGGGAUGGGAGGAACCUCACCCCAGGUUUACAUCAACUUCCUGUUCGUCCUGUUACCCAGAAUGGCAAACAUACCACUGCUGCUGUUUCCACAGCAACCAGCCUCGCUAAUGCAUCUGGCCUGAGUAGUCCUCUCCAGAUCUUGGCUGCACAGGCCUCCAGCUCCCCUCCAGUGCUGGUGAGCAGACAGCUCACUGCAGAAACUUUAGCUGAGCAGCCAGGUGAGCCUCAGGCCAAGCGGCCAAAGAUGGAGGACGAGGGUGGGACUGAAUCUGCUCAGCAUCAAGUCACACCUGCCCAGCAGCCUGUCAUCGUUGCCAUGACGCCACAGACCCACGACCCUAGGAAGUAAAAGCCAGGGCCUCUCACCAGGUACCCAAUGGACAGCCUCCUUAUCGUCCCCUAACUGCUUCGCCUUUUAUACUCAUUUGAUAUGACUGCAGCCGACAUGGCCGAAACAUGUACAGGCAGCCUCUCUCAACAGAAGGGAAUUCAAUCGUAAGGAGCUUAUGUUUUGGUCAAAAGUAGAUGAAAACUUUUAAAUACAUUCUGAAUGUAAAAAGUAAAUCUUUCAGGACUUUUUCAGCUUUACACUCUUUUUAAUGCAAUCCGCCAUUCACUGACGACACAAACAAGUACAACCCAGAUCCCAAAAAUGUUCCGAUGCUGUGUAAAACAUAAAUAAAACAGAAUUUGAUCAUUUCCUAAUCCUUUUUUUGUAAAUAUCUGCUUAUUCUGAAUCUGAUGCAGCAACACGUUUCAAACAAGUUGGGACAGGAGCAACGAAAG